AUGGGUGGAGGAUUCGGACCUCGGCUGUAUAGCUGCUAUAAGUGCAAAAAUCAUGUAUCUUUUCACGAUGACAUAAUCUCAAAGGCUUUUCAGGGGAGAAGUGGGAGAGCAUUUCUGUUUUCUCACACAAUGAACAUUGUUGUGGGAGCUAAAGAAGAUAGAAGACUAAUCACCGGACUUCACACUGUGGCUGAUGUACAUUGCGGCGAUUGCCGGGAGGUAUUAGGCUGGAAGUAUGAAAGAGCUUACGAGUCAUCUCAGAAGUACAAAGAAGGGAAGUUCAUACUUGAGAAGUCUAAAAUUGUAAAAGACAAUUGGUAA